GGAGGUGAGCAGCAGGAGACUUCCUUGUAGCGCGUACGUCGCCAAACAGACUGCUAGUUCUUAUUGCAACUACCGCCUGCGGUUUCUUCUCCCAGAAUAUCAGCCAUUGCUGGGUCCACUGUCUUGGAUUAGUUAUCUCAGCCCUGUGGUGCCCUGGAUAAGAUGGCGAGUGCGGGUCCAGCCACCUCUGCAUCUGCAGAGAAUUCAGGCCCUGGUGGAGCAAGUGGAAGUAGCGAGGGGAACAGCCAGGACAGCACAUUUGAGUGCAACAUUUGCCUGGACACAGCCAAGGAUGCCGUGAUCAGCUUAUGUGGCCACCUCUUCUGCUGGCCAUGUUUGCAUCAGUGGUUAGAAACCCGACCAAAUCGCCAGGUGUGUCCAGUGUGCAAAGCUGGCAUCAGCCGUGAUAAAGUAAUACCUUUGUAUGGAAGAGGAAGCACGGGCCAAGAAGACCCUCGGGAAAAAACUCCCCCACGGCCUCAAGGGCAGCGACCAGAGCCAGAGAACAGAGGGGGUUUCCAAGGGUUUGGUUUUGGAGAUGGAGGCUUUCAGAUGUCCUUUGGCAUUGGAGCAUUUCCCUUUGGAAUGUUUGCGACAGCAUUUAACAUCAAUGAUGGUCGUCCUCCACCAGCAGUCCCUGGAACCCCUCAAUAUGUGGAUGAACAGUUCCUGUCUCGUCUUUUCCUUUUCGUUGCCCUGGUAAUAAUGUUUUGGCUGCUGAUCGCUUGAAUAUCACUAAUUACUCUGUGGAUGGCAGUAAGGACUGAAUAUCGUCCCAAUCCCCGUGAUUUCUUAGCCUGAACUUUGCCCCGUAUCCUUCUCUGGCCUCUGAAGUGCUACGCUCUAGUCGCUGCUCUUUAGAUUACUAGAAAGGGCUGUUAGACAAGAGAGGACAUAAAGCACAAAAGUAUUAUUGGCUAUGGAGGAGUUGUGUUCGCCGACAGAUGGAGUAAAUAUCCUGUGCCAGAGAGGCACCAUUAUAAUUACUUGGAGUGGGACAGGGUGAGAAUAUUGCAAAUCAGAAUAAUAAAUCUAAGGAAGCACAUAUAAGUGUGGACGCAAAGAAAAAUGGAGAAUCGGUAAAGAAAAAGGCUCCUCGGGUCCUUAAAAGCUAACAUAGGGGAGUACUGGAUGGAAAGUAUAUUGCAUACUGGCAAAUACAUGGCAGCAAAACGAUAUAUUUCUGGGCAAAAUGCAGUGUAACACAAGGUAAGAAGAGGUGGAAAAGACAAAACAUCGGGAUUCAGGGACAAUAAGACUUUGAAAUUAGUUUUAUGAGAAAAUACUCUGGAUGAAGAGUGAAUUAUUUUUGUCCAAAAUGUAUGCGCUAAGAUCUGCCCCUGAGCUCCAAAGGAAGAUGCCAUGCAGUUUGUAGAUACUCUCAAUGUGCUUUGGAAUUUAAGGGUGAUUCCUCAAUUUUAUGAGAUUUUAAUAAUUCAUUGGGAUUAAAUGUUAAUUUUAAAAUA